AUGGCGACCUGGCGCUCACGGCAGCGCACCAACCUGAUAGCCCUGUUCUGCGUCGUCCUCUUUGUCUGGGUCUUCUACGGCGAGACCAUCUUCCCUCCCGAGAAUAACAAUCCCAAUCUCAAGACCGCAUCGCGCCCCGAAACACGCCCAGAAGCACGCCCAGAAACUCCAGCGCAGCCCGAAACGCCUUCACGCCCCCAAGCCGAGUCGAACCCUAAAAAAUCGACCGAAAAUGACGUCGAAAUGGUUGUCGCCAGUAUGAAGAAGGAGAACACGACCUGGCUGUACGAUUAUCUCCUGGAUUGGAAAAAGAACAUCUACGUCGUCGAUGAUCCCACCGCCGCUCUGACUGUUCCCGUGAAUAAGGGGAGAGAGGCCAUGGUGUUCCUUACAUACAUCAUUGAUCGAUACGACUCAUUACCCGGAAACAUUAUCUUCCACCACGCCGAGCGGUUCCAAUGGCACAACGAUAACGUCGACUACGACGCCCUGCCUCUCCUCCAGCGUCUGCGCUUCGAUUACCUCAAGGAGCAAGGGUAUGCCAACCUGCGAUGCGUGUGGGUCCUUGGUUGCCCGGUCGAGAUCCAUCCCAUCAAGGACGACGUGCCGGGAAAGAAAGGAGAGCCCGUCCAUGCAAAGCGAGCAUACAAAAGGGCAUACGAGGAGCUCUUCCCCGAGUUCCCUGUCCCAGAGGCCAUUGGUGUCACAUGCUGCUCCCAAUUCGCUGUACGGCGUGAGACGAUAUGGAAGCGACCCAAGGCCGAUUAUGAACGAUAUCGAGACUGGCUCGUUACGUCGCCGCUUGGGGAUGAUAUCAGCGGGCGCGUGCUCGAAUACUCCUGGCACAUGAUUUUUGGUAAAAAGGCAGUUCAUUGCCCCGCCGCCGGUCAGUGUUACUGCCGCUUGUACGGUCUUUGCGACCUAGACUGCGAGCAGGACGAGUGCGAGGGCCAGUACUACCUCCCACCCUUCUCGACUCUGCCGCGGGGCUGGCCAAUGAUUGGCUGGAACAAGGAAGACAGGAAUUGGCACGGGCCUCCCUGA